UUACCUCCCACCCACCCUUUGCAUGCAUUUUCCGGGUUGGUACAGUGACACGUCAACAGUGCCACAUCAACAAUGACACGUCAGCUACAGUGCCACGUCAACAGUGCCACGUCAGACACAGUGCCACGUAAGCAGUGCCACGUAAGCAGUGCCACGUCAGACACAGUGCCACGUCAGCAGUGCCCCGCCACCAUGACGGGCGCAGCUCUGGGCAUGCCAGGCCAACUGGCCAAUGAGUCCAUUGCCGACUACAAAAAGCGCUUCCAGGCUCAGCUCGCUGCAAUCGAGGCUGAGGAACAACGCCAGCUGGCAGUCAAGGCUGCCCAACUACAGGCUGAAGAAGCGGCAACAGCAGAGAAGCUGCGGCUACAGGCCGAAGCAGACGCAGAUACCCAGGCUCGCCGCAAGGAAGCCCAGGAUCUGCUGCUGCGGCAUGAAGCCAACAGCAUCGACAGACUCAAGUUCUGGCACUUUGAACCGAACGGCGACGAACCAACACCGGAAGAGAAGCAUAAGGAGUUCAUGGCCAAGCUCGUGACCAGGCUGGUUUGCACAUGUAACCACCUGCAGUCCGAGCUGGCAAACCUUCAGCAGGCUGUGCGGAACCAUCAGACUCAGCAUGAGGAUGCCACACGGGCACUGGACGCCCGUGUACUGGACCUGGAACAAGCUGUACCAGUACCAGCUGCUGGGGCUUCCAGCAGUGCAUCCUCUAGCCACCAACUAGAGGAACGCGUUGACCACGUAGUGGCAAUGCUAGGAGACAUAAGUGCCUUCACAGAGCCGGCCACCAUCAGCCAGCGGUUCGAGUUGCUGGACACUAAGAUCAGUCAGCAACAGCAGACCGACCACAGCCACAACAACAGCUCGACAAGGCCAUACAAGAUGCCGACGUUCCGGAUCGAGAAAUUUGAUGACUACACACAUCAAGACCCGGUCGUCUGGUGGCAAGGAUUUACAACGGAGUUGGGGAUCCACGAGGUCCCUGACCAUCUGUUCAUCAGUGCUUUGUUCAUCAACACCAAGGGAGGAUGUCAGAUCUGGCUCAGCCACAUGGCAACCAUCCACGGCGUCCAGGUUUCAGACCUACACAAGAAGGUCUCUUGGGAGGAUAUGACAAAGGAAUGGAAGAAGCGGUUCAUAGUGGAUGACGCGCCUGCGCUCGCCAUCAACCGCAUCUUUGCGAUGGCUCAAGGGAGCACACCGACACUACCAACUCCGUUGAUGGACGACGGAGUAGAGGUUGUCAACCUUCACGAGUACAUCGCGAAGAUUGACCGCGAGUUCAAAACGCAACAGUACGACGACAUCGACGCACCAUUGCUAUACAUACGCAUUCAGAUCGGUGAGGCGACCUGCAGUGCCUUGAUCGAUUGUGGAGCAUCUUGCAACUACAUCAGCCAGGACUUCAUGGUGCGCCCUGGCCUUGGCCCACGUGUCUGGAGGAAGUCCCAGCCUACGCAAGUCACGUUGGCAGACGGUCAUACGCACAAGUCAAUCGACCAGUGCAUUGACGUCGUCCCCGUGUACUUUGCCCCUCACGCAAGUGAGGCGGUGUCCUUUGACAUUCUGGACACCAAAUUUGACAUGAUCUUGGAAUGUCAUAGCUGCGAAGCGAGGAUCACCCGCUGCCACGUGGUAUCCGCCGCAAGCAUGCGAGCAUCCAUCAUCAGAGACGACAUCGAGGAGAUGGGGGUAUGUUUUCUCCACGCCCUCCCGCCCCGAGACGCUUCAUCGACGGACUCAUCUUCGGAUCCACGCAUCACCGAGCUUCUCGACGCUUACAGCGACGUGUUCGAAGGCCCGCACGGAGUAGUACCGGAUCGGCCCAUCCGCCACGAGAUCAUCCUCGAGGACGGGGCCACACCUCCGCGCGGCUGCAUCUACCGAAUGAGCGAGGAAGAGUUAAGUGUGCUCCGUGCACAACUCGACGAUCUUCUAGAGAAAGGCUGGAUUCGGCCUAGCUCAUCGUCAUACGGUGCUCCUGUCCUCUUCGUCCGGAAGAAGAACAAGGACCUGCGGUUGUGCAUCGAUUAUCGCAAGCUCAACGUGCAGACGAUCAGGAACGCCGGCCCUCUCCCACGCACCGACGACCUUCUCGAGCGAUUGGGCGGCGCCCAGUUCUUCUCUMAGCUGGAUCUCAAGUCAGGGUACCACCAACUCGAGAUUCGCAAGGAGGAUCGCUACAAAACCGCGUUUAAGACACGGUAUGGGCAUUUCGAAUGGCUGGUCAUGCCGUUUGGCCUUACGAAUGCCCCAGCCACUUUCCAAGCGGCUAUGACAACGGAGUUCCGACACAUGCUGGAUCGGUUUGUACUCAUCUACCUCGACGACAUCUUGGUGUAUAGUCGGAGUUUGGACGAGCAUGUGGAACACCUGCGCACCGUUUUGGAGCGGCUACGACAAGCCAAGUACAAAGCAAACUGCUACAAGUGCGAGUUCGCACAGCAGGAGCUGGAAUACUUGGGACACUAUCUAUUCAUCACCGGAUACUCCAGGAUUGCUGCACCUAUGACGAGGUUACAGUCGCCAAAGGUGCCAUUCAUAUUCGAUGAUGCCGCACGCCGGUCAUUCCAAGCACUUAAGACGGCUAUGCUCAUGGCACCCGUCCUUAGCAUCUAUGACCCCACCCUGCCGACGCGAGUGACUAAGGACGCUUCCGGCUAUGGCAUUGGGGCAGUCUUGGAACAGCACGACGGCGAUGACUGGCACCCUGUGGAGUAUUUCAGCCACAAAGUGCCUCCCAUCAACUCGCUUGAUGAUGCAAGGAAGAAGGAGCUGCUCGCAUUCGUCAUGGCUCUCAAGCGAUGGCGGCACUUCCUCCUUGGGCGUCGUAGGUUCACAUGGGUCACGGACAACAAUCCAUUGACUUACUACAAGACGCAGGAUAGGGAAGCGAAGCAAACGCUCGAGCACCGCCUCCCCAAACCGGAGAUCCCCCCUGCACUCAAAAGGAACGCCUCUCCCUCCACGAAGAACAGCCAAGAGGACAGGGCAGGGAAGAAAAGAAGGGCAACCGAGGAAGGAUCAGGCAAGACUCUCAGAACGGAGCACCCCCCGACAGACGACACUCUUUCCGGGUCAGACCAGAAUUCAACAGCAACAGACUCCCAGGCAGGUAUGGACAUAUCGCCAAGCAAAUCGAGUCCCAUCCCUUGGCUCGAGGGGUACCUGCAGAGAGCAAAGUAUGAAAGGGAAAAAGAGUUCGGUGUUAGACUGGCCUGCAUGAAACAUUUGGAGAAGACCGGGAAACCGACCACUGGAAAAACAGUGGCCGGCAUCCCACAAUCCAAAAAUUUCUUUGAACUGCUGCGUAUGAACUCCGAACUCUCGGAAUUCAGCGCCUUCAGAUACUACGAAAAGAAGAGGGAAAGAGAAGCUGCAGGAACCGACACUGGCUCAGGCUUCGACCCCCAAGCGUCGGCAGACUCCAUCCGCGACAUGGUUUCCAAGAACUGGAAACCAUCCAAGGGGAGGGACAAGAGACCAAGGGCCCCCCCCAAAGACGAAGCAAGCAGCAAGAAUGAGCAGCGAAGACUCACGCAGGAGAUCGCAACAGUGGCAGCCCAGACCAAGAGGCUGUUCGAUCAGAACCAAGACUAUAAAAAGGAGCAAGGCGAGAAGUUCAUCACAGUCCGGAUGAUCGCAGAAAACAAGGCACCCAGUGUCCCCAAAUCAGCAGGCAAUGAUAGGGGGAACAUCAGGGCAAUAAGACCGCUGCUGCCAAUCCAGUUCAGGACCAAAUUCAAUGAAUGGCAGGUGGCCACAGACGCAGCGUUCACAAUCCCCACCCUCGACGACGACAGAGCCCUGGCCAAGAGCAUCAGGGACAACGUCUCAACUGAGACUCCGUUGGGGGUGUACGGGGUCCCGCCACGAGAGCAGACAACCGAAGGGAAGAUACCGGAAGAACCGAUCUUCACGCCCUUCGAUCCCAUCCUGGUUAAGCUCGACGAGAGAGCAAAACUCUGCGAGGGCCUGACCUGGAGGGCAUGGGACACAAUCACAAUGCUGCCGUACAACGUGCUGAACGGAAGGUUCAGCACGUCCGACAUCAUUGCAGAUUCGUUGGCCGACAUCAUCAGGACCCGCCUUUUGACAUCCAAGACCUCGCUGCAGGACGAGGCAACCCCCAUCGACGUGGACAUGGGAGGGGAAGAUUCAGACAUGGGGGACGAGGAGGAUGAAGAAAGGGAAGCAGACAACAAGAUCUCCCCAGGGGGAGACGACGCUGGGCCGCCAGCGAAGUCGGAGAGCAGCGCUGGAGAGUACGGCUUGGGCUCCUCAGCAGCAAGUGAGGACAGCAGGGACUCCAACACCGACAGCAGCAAGACCCAGGCAGCCGUGGACUGAAUAAAUCACCGCUGUAGCAAGACAACCUCACCCUACAAACAAAAAUGAAAACACAACAACAAG